AAAUUGCGGCUAGAGUGGAUCGAACACCCGACCUUUAGAUCUUCAGUCUAACGCUCUCCCAGCUGAGCUAUACCCGCUUAUACAUUGUUGAGGAAUGUAAAAUUUACAAAUUCAUAAAUGCAUUUAAACGCAUGUGAUUGGCCGACCUGGACCUGGCCAUGCUCGACAUAAAAAACUCCGUCGUCAAAAAGAAACGAACUCAUUCUACCUGUAAGAGGCGAACGUCACACUCACUUAUGAUGAGCAUUUUUUUUACUUUCGGUUUUUUUUGGACACACAAAUGUUGGUUAGGGCGAGUGAUACCUUUUCGUAACGUAUUGUUGAGGUUCGGAUUGAUUUUCAGCCAAAUUCAAAUCUUCGUCACGUCAGUGAAAAUGAAACGUUACUAUUGGUUGUACGUUGAUGGCCCGUCGGUAAUGUUUUCUGUUAACUACGGUUAAAUAAUUUUUGUCGAACAAAAUUUCCUGUGAGCACGCAAUGUCUUAAACACAUUGGAUGCUCUGGCCAGUUCCAGUAGUUUUAUUGACACUAAAACCACUUUUGAGGGACGAAGUAAGAAAGAAUGUGAAAGGAAGAAGAAGAAGGCAACAGUCAGAAUUUUUUGUAACUACUGUAAAAAAGAGGCGAAAGAUUUAUCCGAUCUGAGCACAGGACGGAAGUACUGGUAACUGCUGCUUUUCGCUUGACUUUCGCACGCAU